CGGGAGCUCGACUCUCGAAAAGGAGAGCACCUUUCACCGGAAGAAAAAGAGAAAUAAAUGUCCAGAAAUGGCGGAAAAUCAAACCAAGAAGGCGAAAACAUAACUCCAGAUCCAAAUAUGGCCGAAAAUCAACAAAAACAGGAAAAAGAUUCGGCCUCCAAUCCUAAAAGUGGUGAGCUCUCUGCAAAUGUAUUCACUUUCUGGGCUUAUUUCACUGCAGUAGUGUCUCUUAUCACUGUAGUCUUCAUAGCUUUGAGCUUCCUUGUCCAGGAAGAUGAUAAGUCCUGGUUUCUCAGUCUGUCUCCUGAUCUUCGCUCUCACUUCACAAGUGGUAAACUGAUUAAGGCCCAAAUAGGCUCUGAUCAACAAUCAAUCCAGGUUUUUGUGGUUGAAGAUGGCCCUAGAGAUGGAGAAACCGUAGUUUUACUCCAUGGAUUAGGGUGCAGUUCUUAUUCGUUUCGUCGCAUUAUAGCUUCGCUGGCCUUGAAAGGAUUUCAUGUGAUAGCGAUUGAUCUUCCUGGUUCAGGGUUCUCUGAUAAGACCAUCUUGGUAGAAGAGGAGUUCACACCUGGUGUCUUUUCUAAGGUCAUGGAAGUGUACGAUAAAAUCAAAGAAAAGGGCUUGUUUUGGGGUUUUGAUCAACUCAUUGAGACUGGAGGGCUUCCAUACGUGGAGAAUGAAAUUAGGGUCUAUAAGACAUUGAGAUUGAAGCCUUUAGGUUUGAGUUCCGAAGAAGUGGGUCAAAUUAUAGGGCAGGUGAUCGAUUGUCUAGGUCUAGCUCCGGUUCAUGUGGUUCUCCAUGAUUCAGCCCUAGAAUCGGGAGCAAUUUGGGUAUCAGGUAAUUUAAAAUUGGUGCGAAGCAUUACACUUAUUGAUGCGUCAGAGACUGCCCCUUCUCUGCCAAUUUGGGCUCUAAAAAUACCACUGAUAAGAGAAUUGGUAUUAGGUUCAUCAACUGCCUUUUCAAUGUUUGUUAGGUUAUGUUGUUCACGGUCGAUGGAGAAGUCAGUUGCAGAGGCUCAUAGGGUUCUUUUGAAGGGUAGAGAUGGGAGGAGAGCAGUUGUGGAAGCUGGUGAUGGCCUGAAUUCGAGCUUUGGUUUCACAGCAUGGGCAGGUUCUGAUAUGAUGAGAGAAAUUCCUGUUCAUAUAUUGUGGUCACGGGAUUGGUCGAGAGAAUGGACAGAAAAGGGGAGACAGGUUGCUUCAGUUUUUCCACAGGCUGGUUUUGUCACUCAUUCUGGUGGGAGGUGGCCUCAGGAAGAUGUACCAGACGAGAUAAGUGAAGCCAUUGCAGAUUUUGUGUCUUCUUUGCCGAAAUCUAUUAGAGAGAUGAAGGAAGACCCUAUACCUGAGCAUAUUCGGAAAAUGUUUGACGAGGCAAAGGAUUCCUCUAAUCACCAUCAUCAUGGGGGUGAUUUUCAUGGUCAUCAAGCUGGUUACAUGGAUGCAUAUGGUCUUGGACAUGGUGGUUGAGGGUGAUCUGUGGUGAAGCUGCUCGAUGGUCAUUCUGUUUUUCUUACAUAAGUUUCAACAAUCACCUUCUGCUUACUGCUCAAAUGAUGUUCUAAUUUACCAUUUGAGCUCGAUCGGUACUUCCAUUUCAGGCUCAACUCAAGCAUACCAGUGAUACAAUGGUGAUGGUGUAAUGCAUCAUCUGCUGGACAUUAUGCAAGACAAGUUCUUACAAAGGCUGUUUGCUUCAUUAGUUUUUUUCCUUGAGAAGUGCUGUAAUGUAUGCUGUUAUGUAUAUUCUUUUAGUAGGAUCGCUUCAUUUAUGCGUGCUAUGCUUGCUAUACUUGCAGAGAACUAGUUACCUCUGAAGGCUAUUAACUUUCCUGGACGCUUUUUAGAUUUUAUUUUCCCAAAUAAAAAGUGAACACAAAAAAAGAAAAAGGGUUCUUGUUCCA